UCAUAAUAUCUGAGCUCAGUUUCUGAAUACAAACAGCAUUUAACUGCAAACCUGUAACUUUUUAACUUGUACCGGCUCUAGAGAAGCGACAGGAACUCAUUUUAACCGUUAAAUACACACAGCGGCUCGCUUACAUUUUGUUUACACACAUUUUUUUUACUCCUGCGCACGUUGUUUUAACUUUUUGUGUUGACGGAAACUUCGUAAUGUUGUCAUCGAUAUUUAGGUUCGAUUAUGAAUCUUGUCACGUGUGAAGACAGUACUUUAUAAUCAAUGACAUGGGAUUUACCGGCACGAGGGACGUGUCGUUGGAUCGUACGUCUGUUUCUCUUGGAAAAUCAGCCUCCUGAACCUGCUCGGAUACUUUAACGCGUUUAUUUAUUUUUUUAUUACCAAUGGAGUCCGUCGGGAAGUUUGAGUUCAACAGGAAAGACCUGAUUGGCCACGGUGCCUUUGCAGUUGUUUUCAAAGGCAGACAUAAAGAGAGACGUGACUGGGAGGUUGCUGUGAAGUGUAUCAAUAAGAAAAACUUGGCCAAAUCCCAGUCUCUGCUUGGUAAAGAAAUCAAAAUCUUAAAGGAACUCAAACAUGAAAAUAUUGUUAGACUACUUGACUAUCAGGAAAUGGGAGGAUGUGUGUAUCUCGUUAUGGAGUAUUGCAAUGGAGGUGACCUGGCAGAGUACCUUCACUCUAAGGGCACGUUAAGUGAGGACACCAUCCGUGUAUUCCUACAGCAGAUUGCUCAGGCCAUGAAGGUCCUGCAGGGUAAAGGCAUCCUCCACAGAGACCUCAAACCCCAGAACAUCUUGCUCUGCCACCCAGAGGGGCGCAGGUCCAGUUCCAUCAAUACCUGCAUUAAGAUUGCUGACUUUGGGUUUGCACGUCAUCUCCAGACAAACACUAUGGCAGCCACGCUGUGUGGCUCUCCCAUGUACAUGGCUCCUGAGGUCAUCAUGUCCCAGAACUAUGAUGCCAAGGCUGAUCUGUGGAGCAUAGGCACUAUUGUGUACCAGUGUCUGACUGGGAAGGCACCAUUUCACGCUAGCACACCGCAGGAGCUCCGUCUCUUUUACGAAAGCAACAGGACCCUGUUACCCAGCAUCCCAAAGGAGACUUCUAGUAACCUAAGACACCUGCUGUUGGGGCUGCUGCAGAGGAACCACAAAGAACGGAUCAGCUUUGAUGAGUUUUUCCACCAUCCGUUCAUGGAGACGAGCUCAUCCACAAAGAAAUGCUCUCCAGCUCCCAUGGUCUCCUAUCCCAGCUCAGGCUCAGGCAGUUCUUCUAGUAGCUCCUCCACAUCCCAUCUGGCCUCACCUCAACAUUCCGAUGGAGAGAUGCACCGCCUCCAGCCCAAAGCGCAGUACUCGCCUACGCAAAACACCGCUGGCUUCCUCCUGAAAGAAAUAGCCAAUCAAGACAGUAGGAACACCUCAUCUUACACAGAUGACUAUGUCAUGGUGCCUGCCCAGUUUCCCAGUGAGUACACAUGUGAAGUGGAUGUUGGGUCACCAAUUGAAAGUUGCCUUAUAUACAGUGGGAGCUCCCUGGUCGCUGAGAGAGGUCCCGGGCCUGCAGGAAAGACACCUCCACCCUCUCCCCUCCUACACUCUCCCUCCAAGCCCGUUAGCAAGCCCGUUGAAUUCGUUGGCCGUAAGUGCAGCCCCUCUGUGCCCAUUCCUGUCCCAACACAGAUCCAAAACUACCAGCGUAUGGAACAGAACCUGCAACCAGUUGGCUUGAAUGGCUCCACCAGGGCCACACUGUGCUGUGCAGGCAGCAGCAGUGGAAGCUCCCCACAAUGUGGAGGCUGUAGAGCUCCAGGUCCUGGAUAUGUCCUCAACUCCCCAAGACUGGCAACUGGAGGCGCCCAGCCGCAACCGUGCUCCCCGCUAGUGGGAAAUACCCCAAAGACCUCAGAGCAGACUCUCCCACUCAGCACAAGAACUGGACUGCUCACUGGCUCUCCUGGCAUGCAGGACACCUCCAGUCCCAAGCAGCAGGUUCAGUCAAGAAUGUCAAACCGAAUCAGGACAGUCACAGACCUGCAAUCCCUUGGCACAUCUCCUGCUUUCCAGACCAACCACAGCAGGCAAUCUGCCAAUAAGAAGGGUCCUUUUAAAAGAUCGCUGAGCACUGGCAGGCUGUCUGACAUGCUACUGAAGGCGGCCGUUGGAGCUCACCUGUUUGAAGAGGGAAGUGAUGAGAGCCAUAACUGUGACAAAAGCAUGGAUAUAACAGCUCCACCUACUGGUUGUAGUAGAGGCUUUCAAUGGGCGGACAGCCCACCUCUUGCAGUCUUCACUAUAGGUUCUCCAGGCAAAGGAAACACUCCUCCUGAUGCCAUGGUGUCAAGGAUGUUCUCAGGCUCCCCCAGUUACAUUCACUCAACCUGGCUACUUAACAGUCGCCUUCUCCAGAGAGGAAGCCGUAGAAACAGUGAGACUGAAGCCAUGGAGGCUACUCCACACAGCAGUCCGGUCUUUCACCCUCCAGUGCUCGCUGAGGAUACACUCAUGGAGCAGGCUCAUACAGACGGCCUGAGUGACCUGCGUUUCACCUUGGCUUUUGUCCACUGUGUCAUGGAAUUGGCUUCUUCAAAAGACGCAGGGCUGGAUGCCAUCAGCAGUCCCGAUGUUUCCUUUCUAGAGCAGAGCUUGGUGACAGAUCAGAUAAGCGUUCUGAGUAGAGAAUGGAGCUAUGCACAGCAGUUAGUGUUGUACAUGAAGGCUGAAGAGUUUCUGUCAUCAGCGCUGCACACUGCUAAAGAGAAUAUCAAACAAGGCAGACUCCUUCCCUCUGCUACAGUUAAACAAGUGAUCAGGAAGCUGAAUGAAUUGUACAAGAACUGUGUAACAUACUGUCGAUCCCUCAACGAUCGGCUGCAGACCUUCUUGCUUGACAAACAGAGGCUUAUGGACCGCUUCAAUGGACUCACGGCAGAGAAGCUCAUCUACAACCACACUGUGCACAUGGUACAGUCUGCUGCUUUAGAUGAGAUGUUCCACUAUGGCACCGCAUCAGUCCAGCGCUACCAUAGAGCCCUUCUGCUGAUGGAGGGUCUGUCCCGAGUCAUCACAGAGCAAAAGGACAUUGACAGCAUAGACAAAUGUAAGCAGUGCAUUGAGCGACGCCUUUCUGCUCUGCAGACUUAACAGUAUCCAUGAGCUCUACAAAUGCACUCACAGCUACUGGAUUAUCUUGACUCAUUCAUCUCCUCAAUGUAAAUGAAUCCUCCUAGACUGUCAAUACACACAAGCACUUUGAUCUUUCUUAAGGGAAAUGACCACUGGAGCAUCUGCUCUUAUCCCACCACCCAGUCUGUAAUCUUUACAUAAAUGCACAGAAAAGACUGGAAGUCCUGUUUUGUACAUGUCUUUGAAGACAGAUUGUGUUAUAAUUGUUUGAAAACUUUGAUAAGAUCAAUUUCUGUCAGUAUUUGUUUUGUUUUGUUACAUAGUGUAUUUGUUGGUGUGUUUUGUGUUUUGCACAUAGAAUUAUCAGAUGAAAUAAUAACUGAUUUUAACUGAUUGUUGUACUUGAAACAAAGAUUAUUUCUUUUUUCUGUAUUUGAAGCAUUUGUGUAAAAGUUCUCCAGCCAACAGGAGUCACAAUAUUCUGAAUGAGAUGACCAAAUAUUGCCAGUGUGUAGCAAUAUAAAUAAAACUGUGCCUGCAUUUUUUUUGUACAUUUUUCAUCACAGCAUAGUAUUGGCUGUAAGGUAUAAUGAUAUUUUGACCUCAUACAGAAUAAUUGUCUUACAGUCAUCAUAGAGUGCAAUAAGUUUUUUUUGUUUUUUUUUAAAUAUUUGAAUGGGAUUUUACAACAGAUUAGUUUUGCAACAGAUGAUUGAACGAUGCCCUGUUAAUGGACUCAGUUGUGCGGUACUUUUAAGUAAUGACUGCAUGCCACAUUUCUUAUGUUUAUCUGCUGUUUGUGUGUAUGUGUGCACAUUAGUUUUAUUUUUCAGCUGUGCUUAUUUGGGGUUUUAUAGGUGUAAGUUUGGAUUAAUGUAAAAAAUGUAUGUUAAUUCAUUUGUACAUGAAUUUUGCCCAAUAAUAGUACACUAGUUUGUUACAAUUACAUAGCCAAUAUUUUGUGAAAAUGUUUGUGUUUAAACACAAGUUUGUUAGAAUUAAUGAAAUUGCAUUUUCUACUUGCUGGUCAAAUUUGCCAAAAUGAGU